CAACGACUUACUAUAAUUACUCCAUCUGAUUCCCAUGUUCAAGCUCCCAAAAUUAGCAUAGAUCUAAGGCCUGGUACAAAACCCACCAUUAAUUAUUAUUGUUAGCUGCUCCACAUAUAUUAUAUUUAUAGAUAAAAGAAAGGAAAAAAAGAGAAAAGAAAAACUAUUCUAUAUUCCUUGGACUUGAAGACAUACUGCUUAACAAGAAAGCAGUUGUUGAUAAAAGUAUAAAGAAAGUAAGAAAUGUUUGAAGAUUCCCAAAGGCCAAAGUCCGAGCGGUUCUGGUUCUGCUGCUAGCUAGCUGGUUGUUGAAAUAUUCAAUUUCCCCUGAAUUUCCGGAAGCCAAACAAGGGUUAUUCAUCAAUUCAUGGACUCCUCCCCAAACACAGGGUUCUUUGGUGGCAGUAAUCAUAAUAACAGUGAGCAGAGAAGUUCUGGGUUGCUCAGGUUUGGCUCUGCCCCAAGCUCUUUUCUUGACAGUUUCGCAAAUCCAGAAACUGCUUCUGCUGCUUUUGCUCAUUCUUCAAGGUUCAUUGAUGGGGUUUCUGCUUUUCCACCUCCUAUCCCAAGGCAAAGCUCAGCUGCCCUAUUGGGCUCAUCAAAUCUCACCAAAAAGAACAGUUCCCCCCCUGGCUUGUUCUCAAAUCUCAAUCCUCUAAAUGGUUAUUCAGCAACAAGAGGAGGAGAUGGUGUUGGUGGGUACAGAAUGGCUAAUGGAGAGAUGAAUAUGAAGAGUCCAUUGAGUUACUCAUCGAGUGCACAUUCUUCAUUGGGGAUGUUGCCUCAAAUCACAGAGGCUGAGAAUGAGAGCACUAUGGGGUCUUGUUUGGAUGAGGAGGAAAGAGCUGCAUCAGGAAAUGGAAUCUCUAGUUAUGGCUCGGGACUACAAUUUGCAUCUUGGAGUGGUUCUCCAAACAUUGCAGACAGCCUUAAAAUGGAGCUGGACGAUGACAGCCUCAACCUUUUUGCUGCAGCUAACACUCAAGUUGGAGGUAUAGGGGGACAAAGGCAAAAUAUGUCGCGCCAAUUGAGUUUACCAAAGACAUCAGGUGAAGUUGCUGCUUUGGAGAAGAAAUUGUCCCAAUUUCCAGACAGCGUUCCUUGGAACAUCCGUGCCAAACGUGGUUGUGCUACUCAUCCAAGAAGCAUUGCAGAGAGGGUGAGAAGAACCCGUAUUAGUGAAAGAAUGAGAAAACUACAAGAGCUUGUCCCUAACAUGGACAAGCAAACCAACACGGCGGAUAUGUUAGAUUUUGCUGUUGAGUACAUUAAAGAUCUUCAAAGACAGUACACGACGCUGACAGGCUAUCAAGAAAAUUGCAAAUGCUCAUCAGCUUCGGAUAAAAGAGUCUAACUUUAUUGCUGUAAAAAGCAGAGGGCUGUCCCCAAGACUUCGGCUACAACAUGGGAAGGGGAAGGAAAUAUACAAGAGUUGAAGCAUAUGUUUUGUUAUAUUGUUUUUAAUCUCUUCUUUUCUUGUCUUUUUGAGAAUUAGCGAAGCGCGUUGAAGGGACAGUAAUUAGCUAUACCUAUAGUAUGAUUAUAUGUUACGAAUUAAACUAACAAUGUUAAGGACAGAUUUAAUAGGACAGAAUCAUAGAUUAAGUAGCUAAGCAUAGGGGCUAUGUAUGUAUGUAUUGCUUCAGUUGUCUUCCUUUAUUUUAUAGGUCAAUAAAGCUUCUAUGGGUCCUUUGCGGUCCUUUUUUUGGGUUAUCACACAAUUUUAAACCCCACGUUUUGCAUUUCCUGAAA